AUGAGAGACCAUUUUCGUACGUGACAGUUAUAAACUAAAGUCAACAAGAACACAGAUAAGAUCCUUGCCAAAAAAUUAGUCUGCAAAAAGAAAGCUCUCUGUCUUUGAAAUCAGAAAUGACUUCAAAUUAUACUGACGCAUGCUAUACAGAGACUGAUGGAAUUCUAGUCAAAUAUUAUUUACCGGUUAUGUACAGCAUUAUAUUUAUCUUUGGAUCUGUUGGCAAUGGCGUUGUCCUUCUUGGUUACCUAUUUUGCCUGAAGAAUUGGAAAAGUGGAAAUAUUCUUCUGUUUAACCUAUCCAUUUCAGACUUAUCAUUCCUCUGUACACUCCCAGCCCUUACAAACCAUUACACACAUAAUGACCAAGAACUUAAUAAAUACGUUUGCAUAAUAAACAGAUUUCUUCUCCACUCAAGCCUUUAUACAAGCAUACUCUUUCUGACAAUAAUCAGCAUUGAUCGGUAUAUGCUCAUAAGAUAUCCCUUCAGGCAACAUAUUUUGCAGAGGAAAACUUCUGCUAUCAUUGUCUGCAUAGUGAUAUGGACAGCCGUUACUCUGGAAUUAGUGCCCAUGUUUACAUUUAUUAUUGUUCCAGAAGCUAACAAAACAGAAUGUCUCGACUAUGCAAGCUCUGGAGAUGCUCAUUCCAAUCUUAUAUACAGCUUGUGCCUCACUCUAGCAGGUUUUAUCAUCCCUUCAUCUGUCAUGAUCUUUUUUUAUUAUAAAACAGCUGCACUUCUGAAACAUCUGCAGAAGGAGAAUAUUAACACUGUUAAGAUUGAAAAACCUCUUUCAUUACUUACUUUGGCAAUAGGCAUUCUAAUAGUACUUUUCACACCAUAUCAUAUAAUGCGAAAUUUGUUUAUUGUUAGCAGACUGGAGACCUUUAAAAUGCCUAGCUGCACCAGUAUUGCAAUUAAGAGCAUGUACAUCAUAACACGACCUGUUGCAUUCAGUAAUAGUGCAAUUAACCCAGUGCUGUAUUUCUUAAUGGGAGACCAGUUUAGAGAACUAAUGCUGACAAAAAUAAGGAAUGCUUACAGAAGAAUGACUGCGCAACACAUUGAAGAUUCAAGUGGAAAUGGUUGGGGAAUAGGUUCUGCAGGAACUUGAAAAGCUGCACGUAUGUGUGUGUGAGUGUGUGUGUGUGUACAUAUGCACAGACUCUCACAUAUUUACACUCAUACAAGCACAUAUUCAUGCAUAAAUGCACAUAUAUACAUCAAUUCCCAUGUUACUUUUUACACAGUAGUGAACAUGCCAACUGUUAUAACAAUGUGACUGUCACUGUUGCUGUAUAAACUGCUGGCACUUAGGAAGAAUUUGCUGUUGCACAAUGUGAAAUCACAAAAAUAAUGAAUGAGGUGUCAGGCAUGGUAACCUGUCACUCACUGGAGUUGCAGAGCAUUAGACCUAGCUUAAGUAAUCCUUUUGUGGUCUCAGCAAUGAAACAUUUGCUGACUAAUAUGCACCAGUAUUAAACUUUUCAGACAGAACACUUUUUGCACCUUAACCAAACUUUACAGCUCAUUCUCCAUUUUUCCUGUGCAGGCAUUAUAAACUGUAAGACAUAAGAAUUAAUACAGCAGAUGCAAAAGGAUCCAGACUAUUUUCCACCUUUGACCAAGUACAGAUCUGUCUCUGACAUCUAUCAUGGAUAUCAUGCCAGGAGAGAAAGAAUAGAUUAGGGGCAUUUUGUGAUUUCCUCUUUAAAGCAGAGAAUUUAUUUGAUUUUAUACUGUAAACACAUUUACCAUAAUUACAUGUAAAUUCAGUCUGAAAUUAAAGCAUGCAAGAUAAAAGCAAAAUUGUUUUUUGGAACUCUUUUACCUUGCUAAUAAAUGCAAUAAGAAGAACGUAUAUUAUAACAGCUCACUUUCCUGAUGAUAGUUAAUGAAGACAGCAAGUGCUAAGGCAAUGAAAAACAUAUAAUAAGUCAGGCAAUAGUCUAUUCUGAAUUUACUCAACACCUGUACAAUGUUUAAUUUCUGAAGGUACCAUCAAAGUGAGCACCAAUGUUUGAAAAUG